CUUUUCUAUUUCUUUCUUUCUUUCUUUUCUUCACAUUUAUGACAGCCACUACUACGUCCAGCACAGACUAUCUUCUUCAAGAAAAACAAGUCAUUGUCGAGCCAUUUGUAAAUAAACAUCAUUUAUCGCCUACAAACGAUGAUACCGAUAUCAUUAAUAAAAUACCAGCAUUUUCAGACGAUGACAGUGCAUGUUCUUAUGAUUCACUAGAAGAAGACGAUUCCAAGCUAAUGACACCGCCUUUAAGUACAUCACAACAUGUUACACAACAUCAAUUAAAAGAACAAGAACUGAUACAGCAAACCCAUACAGUCUUACACGAAACAGAUUGGGAGUUCUGGUCUAAAGUGGUUGCAGAUCACCAUCAGUUUACAGCAUUAGAAAUAAAGCAAUUAUCGUUUCAAAUUCAGCACGGUAUUCCCUCUGCAUUAAGAGGCACUGUUUGGCCUAUUUUAGCCAAAAUGACAGAUAUUGAACAAUACAUCGAGCUAUUAAAGCAAGAAUCUGUAUAUGAAAAAGCCAUUACAAGAGAUCUGCAUCGCACAUUUCCACAUCACCCUUUCUUUCAAUCCAGCGUAGGACAAGAAGCUUUGUUUAACGUUGUAAAAGCUUAUUCGAAUUAUGAUCCUGAAGUCGGCUAUUGUCAAGGCAUUGCUUUUGUUGCUGGACCAUUGCUUUUACAUAUGCCAGAAGAGGAAGCAUUUUCUAUUCUUGUUCAAUUGAUGCAGCGAUAUGAAUUACGAGGCCAUUAUACACCUCAAUUGGAUCUAUUACGACAGCGUUUGUUUCAAUUUGAUGGUCUCUUGUUGGACCAUUUACCUCAUGUACACAGGCACUUUAAUGAACAAGGCGUACGAUCCAACAUGUAUGCCUCUCAAUGGUUCUUGACCUUGUACGCCUAUAAAUUCCCAUUGGAUGUUGUCUAUCGUAUCUAUGACACAUUAUUUACAGAAGGUGUUGACUGCUUAUUCCGUAUCGGAUUAGCAUUGUUAGCCAAGAAUCAAUCCAUGCUGUUAUCAUUGGAAUUUGAAGCAUUAGUCACUUACCUGAAAGAUGAUAUGCUCACCAUUUAUAAAGACAAUAUCACGGAUUUACUAAGUGAAUCAUUUCAAAUACAAAUCUCUAAAAAGAGACUAGAUCGACUGGCCAAAGAGCAUCAAAUCGAAACCAUCAAGGCAGACACAGAAGCCAGUGUGAUUGAAUCAUUGCGGAAAAAGAACCGCUUGUUAUCAGAACAAUUCAAGUCACUCGAAAAUGAAAAUAAACAGGUCAAAGAAGAACAUGCGCGGGUCGCAGAACAAUUGGUUCAGAAAAAGCAAGAAUUAGCGCGCAUUUAUGAUGAAAAUGACGCACUCAAGCAAAAGACAAUUGAACUUCGUAAAGUCAUUCAAGUCCUACCGAGUCAAAUUGAAGAUCAAGUUCAAUCAGAUAUGGAAAAACUCUGCUUAAAGAAUCAAACCCUGAAUCAGAAAAAUGCUCAAUUGCAAGAUCAAUUGGCUGAUCUUGAGUCCCUAGUGAUUGAAAUGAAAUUAAAGUAUGCUCAAAGUGAAAGUGAUCGAUAUACAUUGAAUCAAAAGCUAUCUGACUUGAAAAAAUGUAUGAAUAUGUAAAUCUAUGCAAAAAAAUAAAAAUAAAAUAGUAUGACAAUAUGGCAGUCCCAAAC